UUUGCCCCAAAUACAUAAAUAGCCUACCAGCAGACCACUGUGGUCGACAGCAUCGGACUUCGCCAGAGUUCAGCAGUUUAAAAAAAACUGCUGUUUGGGGCAUCGUCGUUUGUUUUAGUAGGGCUAUUUUAUGUUUGCAUAACAUGGUCGGGAUUUUAGAUGUAAUCCAUAAUGUCAGUUCAGGCGACAGGAUAUUUUGUCUUGUGGAUUUUUGGGAAGGAAUACAUAGAGAAAAGACGCAGAACACAGAGAUCUUUAUGUCUCUGAAUGGAAACCUUCACAAUGAAUGAAUACAGUUGGAUGUCAGAGGCCGAGGACAUGACACACAGGUCUCCGUCCUCCACGCCUCAAUUGGACUACUUCUCCAACUCCAACGCCAUGAACACUUCUUAUCUCCCCACCAACGACACCAAUGAUAAAGCCUCACCCUUCUUCGGCAGCUGGUCGGUGGCCACAGCCAUAAUCUACAUCACUGUCUUCAUUGUGGGACUGCUGGGCAACACACUGGUAAUCUAUGUGGUGGUGCGCUAUGCCAAGAUGAAAACAGUGACUAACAUGUAUAUUCUCAACUUGGCUGUGGCCGAUGAACUCUACAUCCUCGGCAUCCCCAUCCUUGGCACCCAAAGUGUACUGUCCUAUUGGCUGUACGGGGAGUUCCUCUGCAAAGUGUACAUGACAGCCGAUGCCAUGAGCCAGUUUACGUCCAUCUUCUGUCUGACGGCGAUGAGCAUUGACCGCUAUCUGGCAGUGGUGCACCCUAUUCGUAGUGCCAAGUGGCGAAGGCCACAGGUGGCCAAGGUCUUCAUGUGUUUGGUGUGGGUAAUGUCCUUCCUGGUUGUGCUGCCAGUCACCAUAUACUCAGAUGUCCAGGACCGGUUCAACUCCUGCAACAUGAGCUGGCCUGAACCCCAAGACCUGUGGUCCACAGUCUUCAUUCUCUACACGGCCAUUCUGGGCUUCUUUGCUCCCCUGCUGGUCAUAUGUCUCUGUUACCUGCUCAUUGUAAUUAAGGUGAGGUCGUCAAGCAUGCGGGCAGGCUUGACCACACGGCGCCAGUCAGAGCGCAAGGUGACACGCAUGGUGGUGAUCAUCGUGGUGGUGUUUGUGAUGUGCUGGCUGCCGUUCUUCAUCACCAACAUUGUCAACCUGGUACACAUCAUCCCCGAGAAUAGCGUCAGCGCUGUCUUCUACUUCUUCAGUGUGAUCCUCACCUAUGUCAACUCCUGCGCAAAUCCCUUCCUCUACGGCUUCCUGUCCGACAACUUCAAGCAGAGCUUCCGGAAGGUGCUGUGUCUCCAAAAGGGGAACGGGUUGGACACCACCAUUCAAUCAGGGGGCACUCAGGCAGCGAUCAAGAAGAAUCCAUCUGGAAAGCCUGGUGGUCGUCAUAGCACGAAUGGAAACAACACGCUAAACACAGAGGCAGACGUAAGUGCAACCGUCAAGGACGAGCUUUUGCCGCAGCAUGAAGCAGUGGUUGAUCAGACAACGUUAUGAGCACGCAAUCUUCAAUGUUGAUGGUCCUGCUAUUCUGAGGUCCAAAGCCCAAGUUCAAUUUUAAAUUACUCCAAUGACCCUAGUUCUUCCCAGCAAAUCCCAAAAGUUGAAAUGGGAAGCUGAAAUCAUGUUGAAGAUUUUUCCAUGGUAAUUGCAAAUAUUAUAUUGAAAUACUAACCUUCUCUUAAAAGGUUCCUGAUGCAAUUGUGUAAACGCAAAAAAUAAUUGUUGAACAUUGUUGAACAUUUUUAAACAAUCAAAUUCAGUUCAUAUUUGAAUUAGGCUGUUCAACCUGCAAUUAAGUGAUUGUUUAGCUGUAAGAAUGUUUCAAAUAAGCAUACAUGUUUUUUGAAUUUGUGUUAAACUUCUUAUUUGGCCAGUAAAUGUGUUCACUAAGGCACUUAUUUAAAGUGUAUUUUCUUCUUUUUUUCAGGCAAGAAUUUUUCCAUAAUUAGUUAACGUUUCACAGAAAAAUUUCAAGAUAUGUUAAUUAUAUGCUAAAUUUCAUUUUAAAUCUCAAUCUCAGGUAUUAAAUAAUAAUGUCCUUAAUAUACAGUAUAUUCCUAAAAUUAAUAAAUGUAUUAUAAGAUUUAUAUGUUAAGGGCAUUUAGGAUUAAAAUUAUAAUGGAGAUUUUAAAUAUAUUAAAAAAUCAGAUUUCAUAUUUAAGAUUUAAGACACAGGUGUUGCUAUACAAUGAUUAGGUCUACAUAUAAAAUUUGAAAAAUAUUUCCUGUGAAAAGGUUAUUUAAAGAUUGUAAUUUUAAAACAGGGAGUAUUAUCAAACGUCAAAAUUUUAUUCAAGACCAAGCAGUGGCAACUUUAAUGUUUCACGUCCAUCAUCCUUUUGUUUGUUUCAGUUUAGUAGUUUCUGGGGGGGGGAGGGAAAUCAACUUUCAAUAAAUGAAUAUUAAAAAUUAUAUUAAGAAAUUUUAGGUUGUAUCAAUGCUGCGCUACAAACAAUGAAAGUCCUAUGCACACCUGUUUUUGAUACUAUCAAUAACAUUAUCCCUUCUUGAUUUAACAGAUUGCUUGUUACACGGGUUAAAUCUUAAAGCAUCGUCUUACAUUAAAUCAUAAAAAAAUAUUUCCUCUGGUUAGUUCCCUUUAUUAAAUCUUUUUUUUCUUUAACUGCUCAGGAGUUGACAGCAUGUUUUUUUGACAGCCAAUUUUUUCGAUCUUUGCCACACUCUUUUUGCUAAAAAUGACUCAACAGUGUGGAUAACAUGAUGCUGAAAAACGCUGCUAAAAAAAGGUUUUUAGAUCUGUCCCUAGCUCAGUGAGAAGAAUGCAUACGUUAUGUUGUGGGAAACCACAGUUUGAUCUGACAACACCUCUCUCUCCCUUUCUCUCUCUCUGGUCCUCUGCCCCCUAUCCACGCUUUAUUUACUGACAACCUGGUUAUAUGGCAGCCUGUUGCGGGGACAAACAGGCCAACUGCAACCCCUGCUCAAAACAUUAAUCCCCUCCAUUAUUUGUGGCCAACUUAUUUUUCUUUCCAUGUACAGGAAAAAAAGUUAUGAUGUAUGAGGUGAGUUAUGACAGUAAGACCUGCUUCCUGUUCCUGUAACACAAACAUUUUGCCUAUUUGUUCGUGCCUCAGAAGGUUGUAUUUUUCUCAGAGCUGUGAUUGAGCUAUGGAUUGUCAGGGUGGGCAAAUUAAUCAUAUAUGUCAUAUUUGUAAGGAUGAAACAAAACAACAGCUGAACCCAAACUAAUUAUAGUGAACAUAUUUGUUAAA